CGGUGCUUCUUCGACGUCGCCGUCGACGGCGAAGCCGCCGGCCGCAUCGAGCUCGAGCUCCUCGACGAGCUGUUGCCGGAGACGUGCGAGAACUUUCGGCUCCUCUGCGGCGACGGCGCGCCGUCGGGCUUCGGCUACGCGGGCGCGAACCUCGCGCGGCGCGUCGUCAAGGGCGUGGGCCUCCUCGGCGGCGUCGUCGACGCGCCCGGCGGGUCCCACAGCGCCUUCGCGGGGCGCCGCGUCUUCGCGGACGAGGGCUUCUUCGUUCCGCACGCGGAGCCGGGCCUGCUGUCGAUGGCCAACGCGGGCGUCGACACGAACGGCUCCCAGUUCUACCUCACGACGGCCGCCGCGCCCCACAUGGACGGCCGCUGCGUCGCCUUCGGCCGCGUCGCCGCGGGCCUCGACGUCGUCCAGACGCUCGCGGACACGCUCUACACGCAGCGCGGCGUGCCCGUGGAGCACGUGGAAAUCGCCGCCUGCGGGACGCUC